AUGCUAUUACUGCGUUAUAUUGAACACUGCCUGGUACAGGAAUUCAUUGCUAGCCAGAUUCCAGAAAUCCCUAUCCAUCAACCUUCUGCUCAGCAUCAAUGGCGCCCUCCAGAACCAGAUGCAGUCAAAGUGAACUUCGAUGCGGCGCUCUUCAAGCGGACGAACUCAGCUGGUAUUGGCAUCAUCGCACGUGAUUGGAGAGGAGGUUCCCUUGCUGCCUUGUCCAUGCCUAUUCCGCUAUCUUCAUCAGUUGCUGAUAUGGAAGCGCUGGCCUGUCUCAGAGCGGUCCAAUUAGCAGCAGAGUUGGAGUUUCAAUGCGUAAUCUUUGAAGGUGACUCGGCCACAGUCAUUUCUGCAGUAAACCAGGGGUCUUCACUACUAUCUUCCUUUGGAAAUAUUGUUGACGAUAUUCGGUAUUUACUUCCUAGUUUUUCUUCAGCUACUUUUAGUCAUGUCAACCGCACUGGUAAUUUAGUUGCGGAUGCUCUCGCAAAAAAGGCUUCUUCCAACGCUGGUAGCCAAGUUUGGAUGAAUGCUUUACCUUCAGACAUUGCCGUUUUGGUAGACUUUGAUGUUCAUUAG